CCAAUGCAGAUAGACAACUCUAAUUGGAAUUGAGUAAUCAAUUUUCGCGAACAUCGUAUAAUUGUAUGAAUAUUCAUUUAAAAGCUGAAAGUUGAAAUCAACUCAAUGGCUUCAGAACGAAAAACACGAAUUUCUGAAAACAUGACGGUGGGAUUUAUAGGGGCUGGACGGAUGGCACAAGCCAUGGCGAGGGGUUUCAUUUCCGCAGGUGUCAUAAAGGCUGAAAACAUAAUGCUAAGUGAUGUGAACCCACAUAUGUUAAACAGCAUCAAAAAGGACUUGGGAGUGAAAAUAACAGAGUGCAACCGAGAGGUCGUGACUCGAAGUGACUUGAUCGUUCUGGCCGUCAAGCCCAACGUUGUGAGCCCAAUAUUGAAAGAGGUAUCCUCAGAUGUUUCCAAGACAAAGCUUUUAGUUUCCAUUGCAGCAGGAAUACCAAUCUCAGCCAUCGAACAGUUACUUCCGAAAGGAUCCCGAGUUAUCAGGGUGAUGCCCAACACCCCAGCUCUGGUCCUGGCAGCAGCCUCAGUGCUCGCCCCUGGUCAAGCGGUUGUGGAUGGGGAUACAGACCUUGUUAUCGAGCUGUUGCAGUGUAUCGGAAUUGCAGAACCUGGCUCAGAGAAACUGCUUGACGCUGUGACAGGGCUGAGUGGAAGUGGACCUGCAUAUACGUAUAUGGCGAUUGAGGCCCUUGCAGAUGGCGGUGUAAAGAUGGGACUACCUCGAGACUUGGCCAUGAAACUUGCUGCUCAGACAAUGCUGGGAGCGGCAAAAAUGGUUCUGGAAACGGGUAAACACCCAGGACAGUUGAAGGAUGAGGUCUGCUCUCCGGGGGGCACAACUAUCGCGGCGCUACACAAACUGGAAAGAGCUGGCUUCCGAGCCACGCUUAUAGACGCUGUUGAAGCUGCAACGUUACGUGCACAGGAACUAGGAGAUAUUAACAGUUAAAUGAAGGUCAUAUCGCAUAUCUGUGUUUAGUUCUGUUUUGUCCAAGUUUUACAGUUUUCAACUCUGCGACUGAAAAGUCAUGAAGGAAUGUGAUCAACUUUAACUAGAAGUGUGUUUAAACAAUAGAGGAUUUAUUAGUUGGUGCAUGGAAGGUUUAAAAUCUUACUUUAUCUGUUCACCUGAACAUUGUUCUAUUAUUUUUAACAGUGAAGCAUUUACAGUGCUAAGAUCUCGCAAAUACAAAUCUGAUCAAUAACUGUCAGGUAAAUUUUUUAUUUUAAGGUGUUAAUCUGGUAAAUGUUAAGUGUUAAUAAAUAUCAGGCGAAUGUGUAAGGUGUUAAUAAAUUAAUGUGUGUUAGUGUGUUACUUUUUGCAUAAUAAAGUAUAGAGUUAUUUACAGAUGAUGAGGUAUAUGACCUGUUUUAUGGACCAUAAAAAGUGAUAUUCAUGGACAUUGCGGCCCAGUGUGUGCUUUGUUAAUAUAUGCAUGUUGGAAUGAUCUGUCAAGAAACUUUUUUGAAAUCAUAUUUAUUCAGUACACCCAAAACCUCAGAAAUGACAUAACCAAUGUAAAUUCUACCUCUGGUCUUUUUUUUUUAUCAAAGAGUAAAACAGAAAUGACAUCUUGUCCUGAGUCACUUGUUGGUUUGUGAUAUUGUUAAUGAAUAUGCCCCUAUCACUUUCUAUGAUGUGUCAUGUGACAGCCUUUUGACCAAUGAAAUGGGUGGAAUCUGACAUGUACCGUGUGUAGCAGUGCAUUAUUAUUUGUAAAUGAUUUUUGGUUUUCACUUGUUUUAUAUCAAACACUGUGCAUUUUAUUUCAAUUUUUCAAAUGUUAUUGUAUGAUAGUAUAAAUAUAGGUACACCAAACUUGCCAUAAAAUGCUGAUCAACUUGAUCCAAAAAUAAAUAAACAGUAUUGUGAUA